UACAAAGUCAACCAUCAGACAGGAGAAGAAGUGAAAGGAGCUGACGAGAGUCACCAGAAGAAUCAAAGGACUGAACAAGUUGAAGCAGUGGAAGCCUCCUAAGAUGAAGACAUUCAGUGUUGCAGUUGCAGUGGCCAUCGUGCUCACCUUUAUUUGCCUUCAGGAGAGCUCUGCUGGCUCAUUCACUGAGGUGCAAGAGCUGGAGGAGCCAAUGAACAAUGAGGGUCCAGUUGCUGCACAUGAAGAGAAGUCAGAGGACUCCUGGAAGAUGCAGAAUAACACCAGACGCAGGCGCUGUCGCUUUUGCUGCGGUUGCUGUCCUGACUUUACUGGAUGUCGUUACUGCUGCAAGUUGUAAUGAUUCCUGCUGCAGCCCGGGAUUCACACAACAACCACUAAAUCUUUAUUUAAGGUUUUAUAUUCUUAAACACAUUUCCAGCUUUCAAUUGUGGUUGUAAUUGGAUUUGGUCAUGCUGCAGAGAAUGUGUGCUCGCUGAUGUGACUGUAUCAUCCUUGUAUUUCAAGAACCAUCAUAUACUAAAGUGUGUAUGAACUGA